AUGGGUAUCAUGUCUCAUGGUCAUUGGUGCUGGGAUUUAAAAUGGAGAAGGAACUUAUUUGAUCAUGAACAGGGUGCAGCUGUGGCUUUUAUGGAAAUCAUUAGUAACGUUCACAUUCAACCUCAAAUGAAGGACACCUUGAGAUGGACAGCUGAACCUUCGGGUUUAUACUCAACUAGGUCAGCUUAUAGAUUGAUAAUCACUGCUAACAGCAAUCAUCCUCAGGCCAAUAUAUACAAGACAAUUUGGAGGCUUAACAUCCCUUCAAGAGCUGCGAUUUUCGCUUGGAGACUUAUCAAAAAUAGAUUACCCACUAGACAUAAUCUCCUAAGAAGAAAUGUCCCCAUUCAGGAGCAGCAUUGCCCCUUAUGUGGAUCUCAUCAAGAGGAAGCUGGGCAUCUAUUUUUUCACUGUAAAUUGACUAAUGGUCUUUGGUGGGAAUCAAUGAGGUGGAAGCGAGUGGUUGGACCCCUAGCAGCUUCUCCAACAGCUCAUUACACUCAAUUCUGUGAUGGAUUUGGUGCUGGGAAGAAUCAAAACAGAUGGCACAGAUGGUGGAUUGCUUUAACAAGCUCAAUAUGGAAGAAUAGGAAUCUCCUCAUAUUCCAAGGCAAAAGAUUUGAAACACCAAAAGUCAUGGAGGAUGCUUUAUUCCUUUUGUGGUCAUGGUUGAAGUCUAGGGACAAAAAUUUAUGCACUUCCUUUAACUAUUGGUCGUCUAAUCUUGGAGACUUCUUUGGCUAA